AUGCCUUCCUUCACUUCUAUUAUCCCUCUGCUAGUUGCUAGCUGUAAUGUUCUGGUCUCUGCCCAAACCCAGCAGGUCGGGUGGAAUCAAGUCGUCAACCUCAAUGGAAACAUGCAACUGAACUCAGUUCAAUUUCCGGACAACUCCAGAGUUGAGACUUUCUCGCAGACACAGCGUCAGAUGAUCGUGAACCAGAGCCCUGCCACUCUGGCCCCCAACCACGUUGUAGGCUCUACGGGCCAACCUUUCGUACAGCUCUCGCAGAACUCGAUGACAAUCCAAACCAACGGCGCGAAUGAUCUCGUCGCUGCUCAAAUUGAGCUCCCCAUUGAUCCUAAUAUCAUCCAACAGAUGAACAUCUCACCCGAUAACACUUUCGUCGCGAUGAUGUCCCAGGACAGGCAAGCGUGGAUUGUGAUGGAAGGAAUCAAGGCCGUCAACACUACCGACAACACCGUGCGCAUUGUCAAGAUGACCAACAUCGACGGCGAGUACAUGGCCAUCGGCCGUCAGACACAAGAGACCAGCAACGUCCUCACUCCUUUCGGAAACCAAGUCAAUGUCUCGGGUGCUGGUAUCCAAGAGGUCGAGUUCUCUGAUGGUAUGCGAAUGUCGAUCAAGGCCAGCCAGCCUAUGCAACUCAACACCAACGUGGUCAACGGCGUCAGUGCUUCUAUGACAGCUCAAGUUGGUACACCACUGAACAACUACCGCUACCUUGUCACGACCAACCUGGGGGGUGUCAACCCUUCGUUGAACAGUCAGGCCGCAGUGAUGCAGCUUCCUUUGAACACUGCCCGUGUCAUGGCAAUGGCUGCGCAGAUGGGUAUCGGGGCUGGUGAUUCGAUUCAAAUUGGUGUUGCUCAACGAGGCCUGCUUCAGAACCCGGGCGGUGCUACCGGAAGUCUCAGCCCACAGAAGAGACAAGACUCCAGCAUGACUGGUAUGACCGGUACCGACCCUACAGGUGGUAUGACCGGUACCGACCCUACAGGUGGCAUGACGGGCACCGGCACUGGCACCGACCCUACCACAGGUGGCAACACAGGUGGCAACACUGGCGGCAACACUGGCGGCAACACUGGCGGCAACACUGGUGGCAACACUGGUGGCAACACCAACAACAACCCUACCAACACAAACAACAACCCAGUCGCUAGUCAAUUGCUCUUGGCUCCAGCAUUCACCCCCGUCAUGGCAAAGACAGUCCUUGAUAUGAACUCUGGAAGGGUCGCUGUCCCGGUGACAAACAUCAACGGAGAGUUCAUCAUCACCAUGACCAAGGCUGCUGGAGCUGCUGGAGCUGCUGGUGGUGCUGGAGCCGCUAGGGAGCCUGGAGCAGCCGGAGCUGCUGGAGAACCUGCUGGAGCUGCUGGUGCUGCUGGUGGUGCUGGAGCCGCUAGGGAGCCUGGAGCAACCGGAGCUGCUGGAGAACCUGCUGGAGCUGCUGGAGCUGCUGGAGCUGCUAGGGAGCCUGGAGCAUCCGGAGCAGCUGGAGAACUUGCAGCACCUGCUAAGGAGCCUGCAGCUGCCGCUGGAGCCGCUGGAGCCGCUGGAGCCACUGCAGCCGAGCCUGCCAAGUUAGUCGUCGGACGCCAGGCCGCCGCAGCCGCUGCCCCAGCCGCUGCCCAAGGAGGAAUGGGCUACGUCAUCGUCUCCAUGGCCGAGAUGCAAGCCCUCAUCGAGCGCCAGGCCAACGGCGGCGUCUUCCUCGCCGAGGCCAUGAUGGUCGACACGGCCCAGGCACAGGCCGCCGCGGCGCCAUCCAUCACCGUGGCCAAGAGGAACGAGCAGCUGGUACCCGGCAAGAUGGCACUCGCCUUCACUGGCUGA